AUGGACUUGUCAAUCUGCGGAACAUGCGGGGUGCAGUACGAUACCACAUCUGUGAAGUCUUGCAAAAUAUGUGAUGAUCCUCGACAAUAUGUUCCUACUCAUGGGCAACGGUGGACAACGCUACGUUCUCUGCUGGAGUCAAGGAAGUAUCGCAACGGGUUCAAGACGAACGAGAAGCACCCAGGGCUUGUGAGCAUUUUCACUGUCCCUGAGGUGGCUAUCGGACAGCGAGCAUUUCUCUGCUGCACGCCCAAAGGCAAUAUCCUUUGGGACUGUAUAACGUAUCUUGACGAGAAGACGGUCCGCCGUGUCAAUGAGCUCGGUGGAAUACGGGCGAUUGCCAUUUCCCAUCCCCAUUUCUACUCAACAGCUAUCCAUUGGGCCGAAGCUUUUCAAUGUCCUGUGUACUACUCUGCAGAAGACGAAGAAUGGAUUCAGCGCUUUUUCGACCACGGCCCCGAAAGGGUGGUUGCAGGCUCAGAACCCCUAAACCACUCGGGGCCCAAACAGAUUCUGUGGGAAGGGAGUGAGCUGAACCUCCUUGACGGCCAAAUUAAGAUUCUCAAAACUGGAGGGCAUUUCCCUGGGAGCUCCGUUUUGUACUGGAAAGAUACAAAGAGGUUGCUGGUGGCUGAUACUAUCCAGGUUGUACCCAGCGGGGUGUACCAUGUUGACAGGCCGAAAGGCACAGCUUCGUACACUUUUAUGUGGUCAUACCCGAAUCAAGUGCGCUCUAUACUCCCUUCACUUCCUAUAUCAGGUAUAUUGGGGCUCUAUUUUAUCAAUGGUGGCUAA